CCCAUGGGGCGGCGUGCGCGGCGUUGAGGGCUCUCUGCUCGGCCUCUGUCGCUGCCAUGUCGCGACUUAUCGUGAAGAAUCUCCCCAAUGGGAUGAAGGAGGAGCGUUUCAGGAAGCUCUUUGCUGCCUUUGGCACGCUCACUGACUGCUGUCUCAAGUACACCAAGGAUGGAAGGUUCCGGAAAUUUGGCUUCAUUGGCUACAAGUCUGAGGAUGAGGCUCAAACAGCCCUGAACCACUUCAACAAAAGCUUCAUAGACACUUCCAGAGUCACAGUGGAGCUGUGCAAGUCUUUUGGUGACCCUACAAAACCCAAAGCCUGGAGCAAGCACUCUCAGAAGGGCCCUGCCCCAGAAAAGCAGAGCAAGGAGCCCUUGGCAAGUGCAGCCACAAAGAAGGAUAAAAAGAAGAAAGAUCCAGUGGAUAACUUAAAGGAGCUGAAGGAAGAUAAAACAUUCCAGGAGUUCUUGGUGGUUCACCAGAAGAGGUCCCAGGUGGCCACUUGGGCUAAUGACACUUUGGCAGAGGAGCCCAAGAAGGGAAAAUCAGCCACAGCAGCAUCUGAUUACCUGAACUUUGAUUCAGAUGAGUCUGAGGAGCUGAGUGAGGGUGGGGAUGAACCCUCUGAAGAUGAGGAGGAGGGUAAAGGAAAGAAAGAAGGGAAGAAGGCAGCUACCAGCAAAGACCUCUCAGAUAUGGAUUACCUGAAAUCUAAAGUGGUGAAGGAUUCUUCCUCCUCAUCCAGUACAGAGGAAGAAACAGAGACUGAAGAAGAGGAGGAAAGUGAGACUGAGGAGGAUUCAGGCAUUGCAGAAACUCACCUGGAGAAGCAGGGGAAGCCAAAAGCCAAACAAACAGAGCAAAAAACACCAGUGGGGAAGAAGAAAAAAGGAUCCACACUAGAGAGCCAGGCCAGCUCAGGGGAAGCCAGCACUCCAUUCACAGUGAAACUUCGUGGGGCUCCCUCCAACAUCACUGAGCAAAAAAUACGGGAAUUUUUCUUCCCUCUGAAGCCAGUGGCAAUCCGGAUGGGGAAAAAGGGCCAGGGGAAGAAUUCAGGUUACAUCUUUGUUGACUUGAAGAGUGAAGCAGAAAUGCAAAGGGCCUUGAAGCGGAAAAAAGAAUUCCUGGGUGGACACACUGUGGAGGUGUCCCGAUGCAGGAACACCCCAAAAGAAACAGUUCCAGCAAAACCUGAGCACCAGCCCUGGCAAAGGACACUGAGGGAUGAUGAGGAGGAAGAGGACUUGUCUGAAUCAGGGAGACUCUUUGUCAGGAACCUGCCUUUCACCAGCACUGAGGAGGACUUGGAGAAGAUCUUUUCAAAGUAUGGGCCCCUCUCAGAGAUCCACUUCCCCAUUGACAAACUCACCAAGAAGCCCAAAGGAUUUGCUUUCAUCACCUACAUGAUCCCUGAGCAUGCUGUGAAGGCCCUGGCAGAGCUGGAUGGGCAGGUGUUCCAGGGCAGAAUGAUGCAUCUUUUACCCUCCACCAUCAAAAAGGAAAAAGUAGAAGAUGGAGAUGCAGAAGAAUCUUCUUCCUACAAAAAGAACAAAGAGGCCAAGGACAAAGCCAACAGUUCCAGCUCCCACAACUGGAACGCUCUGUUCGUGGGGACAAACGCUGUGGCUGAUGCCAUGGCCCACAAGUACAAUGCUGCCAAAAGCCAAGUGCUGGAUGCUGAGAGCAAAGACAGCGUGGCAGUGAGGGUGGCUCUGGGAGAAACGGAGCUGGUCCAGGAAAUCCGCCGGUUCCUCGUGGAAAAUGGAGUCAGCCUGGAUUCCUUCAGCCAGGCUGCUGGUGAGAGGAGCAGGACAGUGAUCCUGGUGAAGAACCUGCCAGCUGGCACCAGUGCCCUGGAGCUGGAGGAGCUCUUUGGCCAGCACGGGGACCUGGGCCGGGUGCUGCUGCCAGAGGGAGGCAUCACAGCCAUCGUGGAGUUCCUGGAGCCCACAGAGGCCAAGCAAGCCUUCACCAGGCUGGCCUACUCCAAGUUUCAUUCUGUGCCCUUGUAUCUGGAGUGGGCUCCAAUGGGGGUUUUCCUCAGCCCAUCCCCUCAGAAAAAAAAAGCUGUGGUUCCAGGAAAGGAGGGUGAAGCAGGGCUGGUUCCAGGUGAAGCUAUAAAAGACUCAGAGGAAGCAGCAGCAGAGGAAGAAGAGGAGGAGGAGGAGGAAGAAGAAGAAGAAAAUAUUCCUGGGUGUACCUUGUUCAUCAAAAACCUGAACUUUGCCACCACAGAAGACACACUGAAGGAGACAUUCUCCAAAGUGGGAGCCCUGAAGAGCUGCACAAUAUCCAAGAAGAAAGACAAAGCAGGCACUUUGCUUUCCAUGGGCUUUGGCUUUGUGGAGUACAAGAAGCCAGAGAGUGCCCAGAGAGCCCUGCGCCAGCUCCAGGGCUGCACUGUGGAUGGCCAUAAGCUGGAAGUGAAGCUGUCAGAGAGAGCUGUCAGGCCUGCUGUGAAAUCAGCCAGGAAGAAACAGACUGCCAAGAAGCAGAAAACUUCCAAGAUCCUGGUCAGAAACAUCCCCUUCCAGGCCACUGUCAAGGAAAUCAGGGAGCUCUUCAGCACCUUUGGAGAGCUCAAGACCGUCCGGCUGCCCAAGAAAAUGGCAGGAACAGGAUCCCACCGGGGCUUUGGCUUUGUGGAUUUCGUCACCAAGCAGGAUGCCAAGAAAGCCUUCCAGGCCCUGUGCCACAGCACCCACCUGUACGGCCGCAGGCUGGUGCUGGAGUGGGCGGACACGGAGGAGACGCUGGAAGCCCUGCGCCGCAAAACCGCCCAGCACUUCCACGACUCCCCAAAGAAGAAAAAACGAUCGGAGCUUUUGAAUGAAAUCAUGGAGCACCUGGAAGAGGAGGACAAUAACAAGGAUGAGGAUAUUUAACAGCUGCCUGGGCUCUGGUGAGGUCUGUGGCUGAUGGAUGGAGCAGGAGAAGCCUCCGUGAGGAGCCAGCCCACUUGUUGCCAGUGGAAUCCAGGGCUGAUUUAUGCCCUGUGUCCAGGUCCUGGGAUUCCCAGCCUUUGAAAUUCAGAGAGGAAAGAAAACCCUUGUCUGCUGGCAGCUCCCGAGCAUCACUUCUUAAAUCCAGGCAGGGAUUGAUUCCCUUCAUCUCAGCCCAACCUGGGGGAAGAGGAACCUGGAGCAAUGGACACUUCCCUGCUGACCUGGGGACUGACAGAACCUUCUCUUAAUAUCUGAAUUAAAUAAUUCCUGUACAUUAAAAAACACAUUCUGUACAUUAAAAACCAUAUUUUUAAUUUCCCAAACUGA